AAUCCAGGCUUGGAACUGUGGAUGUACUUACGGCUCAGCAGCUGGAGACCUGUGGUGCAACUUCUGAGGGCUGGGAGGAGUCCACGAGGUUUAGUCAUUGCUGGAGCUCAUCGCACGGGUAACGAAGAGUGUUCUGUUCGGGAAUCUCAGUGAUUUUAACUGUUGGAUUCGAUUUGGAAGCUGGGUGCUCCCCCACUUCACUCUUGUGUAGUCCGAGACUGAGGCCAUGUCGCCGGCUCCAGCUGCAGCCCAGGCUCCUACGUCGGUCUCCCUGUUUGAUCUCAACGUGGAUGCCCCGGUUCUUCGGGGCCUGAGUCUAGUGAGACACCAUCCCGGGGAGAUUGUGUCCCAGGCUCUGCGGACUUCCUGUCCAGGUUCAGAGAAGAGAACAAGUCCAGAAAGAAAACCACUCCAGGGUCCUCUGGAUAUUUCAGGGAAGUUAUUUUGUUCAACCUGUGACCAGACCUUCCAGAACCACCAGGAACAGAGAGAACAUUAUAAGCUUGACUGGCAUCGGUUUAACCUAAAGCAACGUCUCAAGGACAAGCCUCUCCUGUCUGCCAUGGACUUUGAAAAGCAGAGCUCCACAGGAGAUCUUUCCAGCAUCUCAGGAUCAGAAGACUCAGAUUCAGCCAGUGAGGAAGACUUACAGAUACUGGAUGAGGAGAGGGUUGAGUUUGAGAAGUCUAACAGAUCCCGAGGCUUCUGCUCCCAUCGGGUUCUUUUCCAAAAUGCCCAGGGUCAAUUUCUUUAUGCUUAUCGCUGUGUCCUAGGCCCUCACCAGGUGAUCCCAGAAGGGCCAGAACUGCUGCUACAAAACCUGCAAAGUGGAGGUCCUAAACACUGCGUGGUACUCAUGGCUGCAGCUGGGCACUUUGCUGGUGCCAUUUUCCAAGGAAGAGAAGUGGUGACACACAAAACCUUUCACCGCUACACAGUACGGGCCAAGCGUGGCACAGCCCAGGGACUUCGUGAUGCCCGGGGUGGGGUUUCUCGCUCUGCUGGAGCCAACCUGAGGCGCUACAAUGAAGCUACACUAUAUAAAGAUGUUCGUGAGCUGCUGGCAGGGCCAGGCUGGGCUAAGGCGCUGGGGGAGGCUGGGACAAUACUGCUGCGUGUCCCGCGCUCUGGCCGGUCUUUGUUUUUUGGAGGCCAAGGGGCACCCCUACAACGGGGGGAUCCCCGACUUUGGGAUAUCCCCCUCGCUACCCGCAGACCCACCUUCAAAGAGCUACAGCGUGUGCUCCAUAAGCUGACCACUUUGCAUAUCCAUGGAGAAAACCCCCGGGAGACAGUCAGGUUGGACUCACCUCAGUCAUACUGGAAGACAGUGAGAGAAAGGAAGAAGGCUAUCGAAGAAGAAAGAAAGGUCCCCAGUGAUGAAAAUGGGACACUAGGACAGAAUGAGGAGUCUCCCAAACAAGGUUCAGGGUCAGAGGAAGAAGAUGGCUUCCAGGUAGAGUUGGAGCUAGUCGAGUCGACACUGGGGACCCUUGAUCUUCGUGAGUUUGAGGUAUUGCCCAAGCGGAGGAGGAGAAAGAAGAAGAGGGAGAAAAGCCGAGACCUGGAGGCUGGGGCACAGAUGACUCUUCCCCAGCAACCUCAAGAAGACAAGGCCUUCUCACAGUCAGCCAGGGCACAUGCAGCCCCUUUGGAGCCUUCCCUGGAUGAGGCCAAGGUCCCUGGUCAAUCACAGCUCUGGGACAUGCUUCUCACUGCUUGCCGAGCUGGAGAUGUUGGGAUGCUGAAAAUCCAGCUAACUGCCAGCCCCAUAGACCCUGAAGUUCUGUCUCUUCUCAAUGCCCCCUUGGGCUCCAGAGGCUUCACUCUCCUGCAUGCAGCAGCUGCAGCUGGGAGAGGCGCAGUGGUUCGCCUGCUGCUGGAGGCAGGUGCUGACCCCACCAUCCAGGACUCCCGGACCUGGCCACCAUAUAUGGUUGCAGCUGACAAAUCAACACGUAAUGAGUUCCGAAGAUUCAUGGAGAAGAAUCCAGAUGCUUAUGAUUAUAGCAAGGCUCAGGUACCAGGGCCACUGACAUCAGAAAUGGAGGCACGGCAGACUAUGCGGAAAAGGGAGCAGAAGGCAGCCCGGCGACAGCGGGAGGAACAGCAGCGGAAACAGAGGGAGCAGGAGAAGCGGGAGCAAGAAGAGCAGCAGCGAUUUGCUGCUCUCAGUGACAGAGAGAAGAGAGCUCUGGCCGCAGAGCGCCGACUAGCUGCCCAGUUGGGAGCCCCUGCGCCUCAGAUCCCUGACUCUGCAAUUGUCAAUGCUCGACGCUGCUGGAGUUGUGGAGCAUCCCUCCAAGGCCUCAUUCCCUUUCACUACCUUGACUUCUCUUUCUGCUCCACACGCUGCCUCCAGGAUCAUCGCUGUCGGGCCAGGAAGCCCUCUUCCUGAUCUCUCACAGCUUCACCUGGGGCCAACUC